UGGGGAAAAUAAACAGAAAAGUCGCUGUUGACGUGUUUCAAAACCUGAAAAUUGACGUGUAAAUGUUGGCGGGGCGCGACGCGGGGUGUCAUAUUUAUUAACCUAAUUUGUGUGAUAUUGGAUGGUCAUCGUUUAGAAGACAGCUAAUGUUUGUGAGAACAUGGAGAGUGACCUGAGUCCACAGGAUAAAAAAGACUUGGACAAGUUCAUUAAAUUCUUUGCUUUGAAGACUGUCCAGGUGAUAGUACAAGCUCGCCUCGGGGAAAAAAUAUGCACCCGCUCUUCGUCAUCGCCCACUGGCUCUGACUGGUUUAACUUGGCCAUCAAAGACAUACCAGAGGUCACCCAUGAAGCCAAAAAGGCUCUGGCUGGACAGCUUCCAGGCAUCGGGCGCUCCAUGUGUGUUGAGAUCUCCCUUAAGACAUCAGAGGGGGACUCAAUGGAGUUAGAGACUUGGUGCUUGGAGAUGAAUGAAAAGUGCGAUAAGGACAUCAAGGUGUCUUACACGGUGUAUAAUCGCCUGUCUGUCCUUCUGAAGUCUCUGAUGGCCAUCACCAGAGUAACACCUGCCUACAAACUGUCCAGAAAGCAGGGACAUGACUACGUCAUAUUGUACAGGAUCUACUUCGGAGAGGUCCAGCUGAGUGGAUUAGGAGAAGGUUUCCAGACGGUGCGCGUCGGCGUUGUCGGCACUCCUGUUGGCACGGUCACCCUCUCUUGUGCCUACCGCACCAACCUGGCAUUCAUGUCCAACAGACAGUUUGAAAGGUCCGCUCCCAUCAUGGGAAUCAUUGUGGAUCACUUUGUGGACCCCCCCUGCGGCAGCGGGCGUCCAGCAAACAUGGGACACCCCUGCAACUACAGAGCCCCAGGUGACGAGGACGGCGGGGCAUUUGCAGGAGUCCAGGACUCCCAGGAGGUCUGCACCACCUCCUUCUCCACCUCUCCCCCCUCUCAGUGCGUAUGCACGCUGAGUCCAUCUCCUUCUAAACUGUCCAAGCCCCUCCCUUUGGACAGUCUGCAGCUCCCAUUGGCUCCUGGACUUGUCACUCACAAUCUGUACGCCUCCAGGUUAUCCUACCAGCCUGACUUCUGUCACCCUGCGGCGCACACAACCCAGGUACUGCAUGUUGGAAAAGAAGGUGGGGCUGUGCCGGCUCAUUCUCAGGCUCUUCAGGGAGCGGAUGUGCAUCUGACAGUAGAGCAUGCCCCCAACACACCAAGCAGCAGUGGCGAUGAUGAAGGUCUGUCACCGAGUGGCGAGGAGAGGAGGAGCGUGUCUCCCAACGACCCCGUCGAGUCUCUCAAUGCAUUCACCAGGAAAGUGGGAGCUUUUGUAAACAAACCCAGCAAUCAGAUAACAGCAGCAAAUCUGGACCUGCCGUUCGCUGCAUUCGCCCCUCGAGGCCUGGAGUCGGAGGAGAACGAUCCCAUGGUGCAGCCUCCAGACUCCCCCCCCUCCCAGUCCCCCCUGCAGGCCAGCCUUCACUCUCAGGGCUCGGAGGGAUCAGGCCAGCAGGACGACUUUGUCAUGGUCGACUUUCGUCCAGCUUUCUCCAAAGACGACUUGUUGCCAAUGGAUCUGGGAACCUUCUACCGAGAGUUUCAGAACCCGCCGCAGUUGGCCAGCCUGUCACUUCACAUCAGCUCCCAGUCCAUGGCCGACGACCUGGAUUCGCUGCCAGAAAAACUGCGCGUCUACGAGAAAAACAUAGAUGAGUUUGACGCUUUUGUGGAAACGCUUCAGUAGGACGGAAGGAGAAAAGGACUACGGGUGACAAAAGACUCAAGUGAUGAUCACAGAAGAAUGAAUGAAGGAAUGAAAGUAUCAAACUGGAGGCUCUCUGGUCGUUUGUCCCACGAGAAUAACUCAUGGUUUAUUGUGAAGCUCAAUGUGACUCAAGAUUUCCUCUUCUUCCUCUUACCAGCUCAGUCUUCACUGUAAAUACUGUAUCUUCAACACUGGCACUCACACCUGUCUCUGAUCUGGUAAUCAAACUGACAACCUAGAUUUUGUGACUACAGACAGCCAUGCAAAUGCUACCGUAGACCACCAUAGCACGUAGUGACUCGUUUCUCCCCAUCUGCUGAACGCUAGAUUUGAAGGUUUCUUUUGCAUCAUGGUGAAAGCUCGGCCAUGUUCUUUAGAAGUGAAAUCCUUGAAAAGCUGGUCUUGAAAGUUGCACAUAGCCUAAGAGGAUACUCUCCCUACAUUCAAAUGUCCUGCUCGGUGGAGCGGGGAUAGAAAAUAAAAAUCAUUGUUCCCAGCUGGUCUGGGAAUGCAAGUGUUGGCAAAUCUAAAUGAAGUUUAACUGCAUCCCCUUCGUUUACAGUUGAGAUAAAAGCUAAAAAAAAAAGUUACUGCAGUAUGUUAGAAAGCUAAAACAUCCCUGCAAUAAAAACACUGAGAUGAUGCUCUUGAGGCCAAACAGAUCACGUAGUUAAGCUAUAUCAAAAAUAUAUCCAACUGUCAUUAAUUUGUUCCAGGCAGUUUUAGUUAGAUUGUGUUCAACAUCCUUAUGUGCAUUUGAGGAUUAGAAAAAAAAAAAAAAAAAGUCUUGCUGUUUCACAGGAGGUAUUCAUGGCCAUUUGCAUUUUAAGCUUUAAUUUAAAGAAUCAGUCCAUUGAUGUAGAUGUCCCAAUAAAAGCAUGGCUGCUCAGUUUACUGCCUGGUGUUGUCUUUGGUGUAAAAGCACUUUUGUGGAGAAACCACACUAAUAAAUGUAUAAAUAACAUAUUCCACUACUGGUGUAAUAUGUGUGUUUUGAAAUAAAAAUACUAAUGUGAACAAAGCCUCGCUCAGGUAACUGAAGGCAUCACCACCCAUCAGCUGACGACUGAAGUUUAGAGAAGCUGCUGUAUGGGUUUGAAAAAACAAAACAAAAAGUGCUGGUGGGUA